CGUAGUGCGUGCAUCUCUUCGCCAGAUCUAUCAAGUUAACCAUUUCCAAUUAGAUAGAAGUUCUAACGACAAUUAAGAAAGUUAGUACGAUAAUAUAACUUGCGCUUCUUCUUCUCGUGUCAUCAACAUUAACGAUCAAGUGUGGAAACCGUUUCAUCGAUCCAAAACGGAAACUGUCGAAAACCAAAACUUAAUCAUCAAAAACGUCUUUUUAUUGUGCAACUAAUCUGGAGAUUUUUGUCGCAAUGGAGUCAUCUACCUUGCUUCUGAUUAUUCUGACAGCGAGUAUUUGCUUAUAUUAUUUUGUUCUAAGAAAGCUAUCUUACUUCGAGCGACUGAAGAUCCCGCAUGUAAAACCAAUUCCAAUAUUAGGCAACAUGGCACUUUUUCUUUUUCAACGUACAUCCCACAUGGAGCUGCUACAAAGAUUCUACAAUCUCUUCUCGAACGCAAAAUACUUCGGCCUCUACCAUUUUAUAAUACCGACCUUCGUUAUCCGUGAUCCAGAACUGAUUUCUACGAUUACCAUCAAACAGUUUGACAACUUUUGUAAUCGCAAUACCUUUGUGAACGAAAAUCUUGAUCCGAUAGCCGGUAAAAAUCUGUCUGACCUGAAAGGGGAUUACUGGCGCGAGAUGCGAAAGCUUCUUAGUCCUAGUUUCACAUCCAGCAAGAUGAAGAUGAUGUUCGAACUUAUAAGUCAGUGCGCCGAGAACUUCGUCGAUUUUUUGCUGGUACAAAUUUUUUCUCUGAGUGCGUAUAAUAUGAAAGACAUACUGAGCAGAUACGCCACCGACACAGUGGCCACGUGUGCCUUCGGCAUCAGCGUGGAUUCUUUUAAGCAUCCGAACAACGAGUUCUUCUUGCUUGUCAAGAAAGCACUGGCUUUUGACAAGUGGAUGGUCUUCAAGUUCUUCAUGCAUAGAAACUUCUCGCUACUUGCAAAACUCCUCAAUCUCAAAAUGUUUGGCCCAAAGAUAAAGAAAUUUUUCAAAAAUAUCGUUUUCAACACAGUAAAGGUCAGGGAUGAGCAGGGAAUUGUUCGUCCGGACAUGAUUCAGUUGAUGAUGGAGACUAGAAACAAAGAUAGCGGACUUGAGUUCGACAUUGACGAAAUGACCGCUCAGGCAUUCGUUUUCUUUCUCGCUGGAUACGAAACUACAUCAACAGCCAUGUGUUUUAUGACGCACGUACUCGCUGUCAAUCCCGAUAUUCAGAGCAAGUUAAGAGAAGAAAUUGAUGAUGUUUUCAGACAGACCAACGGUAAACCUACCUAUGAGGCCAUCAAUCACAUGAAGUACUUAGACGCCGUGGUAAACGAAGCUCUCAGAUUAUAUCCGCCAGUAUCUUUCUUCGACAGAAAAUGUGUCAAGGAGACCGAAUUGCCAGCAGCGACUUCAGAUGGCGAACCGAUUACGAUAAAGCCUGGAGACAACAUAGGGAUCCCCAUUUUCUCUCUGCAUCGCGAUCCAAAGUAUUAUCCGCAGCCAGAAAAAUUCGAUCCAGAAAGAUUCCUUAAAGGUGAUGUGGAUAAUUUGGUCUUUAUCCCAUUUGGUAUCGGACCAAGAAUGUGCAUUGGUAAUAGAUUCGCAUUAAUGGAAGCAAAAGUUAUGCUGGUCUAUCUACUUCCACGUUGCGAUCUCGAACCCGACGUUAAAACCAGAAUUCCUAUGGUGUUGGCAAAAUCAGCUGUCAUGAUGCCGGACAAUGGCUUCUGGUUGAAAUUGCGAGCAAGAGAAUCGAAAACUCCAGUUACACAAUCGAGCGGACAGAGAGUUGAAGGACAGUGAUAAUGUAUAUGUACAAUUCAUCAAUCAUGGAAUUAUGUACAAAGUUGCUAUUUUAAAUUAUAGCGGGAGACCAAUCUUUUCCUCAAUUAUGCGUAUCUGAGAAUACAAAUUUCAGAAAUCCACAAAUAUCCAGAUAAUUGUGUCAUGUUUUUCUUUUAAAUAAUCCAUAUGUAAUACUUAUAGGUAUUGAUUUUAUGGUAGAUUUGCAAAUAUAUAAGCUUCAAAUACUUAAUUCGCAAAGUCAUUAUAAGCAUUACAUUUACUCAAAACAAUAUUCUGA